AUGGCAGAAACAUGCAUGAAGGAAUUGUCUCAUUAUGGCCCUUCAUUAUGUGUCAAAUUUUAUAAAAAUUACGUCGUAUCAGGCUAUGGUCCAUUCAUCCAAAUUUAUGACUACCAUGAUAAUGGCAAAUUGAUACAUAAAUCCAAAAUGUUCCGUAAGAAUAAGAUACAUGGAUUAAGUGUUUCGUCUGAAGGUAAAUUAUUGGUUUUCGGUUCAAGAUCUGUUUCUGUUGUGGAUCUAGAUGAUGAUUUGAUUAAUAAUGAUGAAAAUGUAGAUGCAAUUCGGUUUGAGAAAUUAAACUCCGAAUGGAUCAUCAAUGGUGAGUUUAGUGCUAAUGGUAAAUUUAUUUACCUUUUAACAAGUUACAAUAAGGUUCUUAUUUGUGAUUUGAUUGGUAAUGUUGUCUCAGAGAAAGUACUGCCAGGCGAACGUUCAAUCUUAUAUUCUGGUUCUAUUAAGGUUCUAUCCAAUGAUAAGGUUUUGAUUAAUGCCGGUACUGUCAUGGGUGGUGUCUUAAUAUGGGACUUGUCUACUGAAAGUAAAAUUCAUAAUUUAUUAGGUCAUGAAGGUUCAAUUUUUCAUGUCACUGUAAGUGAUAAUGGAGAACUUGUUGCAAGUUGUUCAGAUGAUCGAUCGAUAAGAAUUUGGGAUAUAAAACUGGGUAAGGAAUUAUGUAUCGGUUGGGGUCAUACUGCAAGAAUUUGGAAUCUAAAAUUCUUCUCAAAUGGUACCAAAUUAGUUAGUGUUUCAGAAGAUUCAACAUGCCGUAUUUGGGAUCUUAGAAGUAACAACAACGAGACCUUUGAGUUGAGAUUAUCACAAGUACAUGAAGCUCAUUUGAUUAAAAACGUCUGGGGUGUCGAUAUUCAAGAAGAGGAAAACCUUGCCGUUACAUCAGGUAAUGAUGGGAGAAUCAAAUUAAUCGAUAUCAAAGAUUACGGAGAUCCAUCAAAUGAAAUUUCAUUCAGUAUGGAUGAUAUCUCUGAAAAAUCUGUGAUAAAAUUCAAUAAAGAGGAAAUUAUUAAAGGUUUCCAUCAAUUUAAAUUCGGACUUAUUGCCAUAACUUCAUUAGGAAAAAUCAUCAAAUUUGAUUUUGAAACAGAAGUUUGGCAACUAAUAAGUGUGUACGACAAGUUCGUCUCAUAUUCAUCCACUAACGCCAUAGUAAAACAUAAUAUCAUUAUAUUUUCUAAUAAUAAAUGUGAUCUCUUAUUAUUGAAAUUCUCCUCAGAUGGACAUGAUAUAACGGUCAAACAAGAAUUGCACUUAGAUGAGUUGAGCAAGACAAAUAAUUGUUUAGUCGAGGAAUUCAACGAAGAAUCAUUGUUAGUAUGUUUAGAAUCCCCAAACCCCCGUGAUAAAUUCAUUUGUUUACAAAUAAAUAACGAAACUUUAACCAUAGUAGAAAAAUACUCGUUCACUAAACCAGAAAAUUUUGUAUCAUCAUGUUUAGAAGUUUUCCAACAUUACAUUUUGGUUGGAUCCCGUUUUGCAACUAUUGCCAUUUUUGAUAAAAGAAAUGUAGAUAAAUCAGCCUACAUUAUAAAGAGAUUAAAUCACGGUGAUACUACUACAAAUAUAGCAUACGUAGAAUGCAAUGAACAUCAGUCACAUUUAUUCUCUGUCACAAACAGGGAUGGUUACUAUAAUUUUAUUAGUAUUAAUUUCCCAUCUGAUUGCAACGGUUCAAUAACUUACAAGGUGAUUCAUUCUAAUAAGAUAAUGAAGGGGUUCCUAGAAGGUGCAUUUUUCAACGAUAAGGGAGAAUAUAUAACGUACGGGUUUAAGUCAAGCUUAUUUUAUAUUUAUAAUGAAACUCAUUGUUAUGAAAUUGCAAGUCAAGUCUGUGGUGGUGCACAUCGCCAAUGGAAAUUGUUUCCUUGUGAUAGCGACGAAGAAGAAGAAACUCAAUUCACAUUAAUUUAUAUCAAAGCUUCAAGGUUACACUUGAAAAGAAUAAACAAAUUGUCUGUACCUGAAACUUUAGAAAGUGGCCUUCAUGGAAGGGAAAUUAGAGAUGUUACAAUCUUGAAAGAAAAAUCCUAUAACGAUGAAUAUAUUUUUUGUACCGGUUCGGAAGAUACAACUCUUAAAUUGGGUCAAUUCAAUACGGUUACUGGUAAGGUGACUAAUCAUUGGACUGAAAGGAAACAUGUCUCUGGUUUACAACGUUGUAAAUUUAUUAGUGAAAAGUUAAUGAUCUCAUCAUCUGCCAGAGAAGAAUUAUUACUUUGGGAAAUUAAUGAUGAAUUCCAAUCAGGUCCUUAUAUUACUAUACGACAAACUUUACCUACUUCAAGUGAUAAUCCUGAUUUAAGAAUAAUGGAUUUCGAUACUAUAUUUUUAACAAACGGAUUGGAUUUUAUUGUCUCUACAGUUUAUUCCGAUUCCGGUGUCAAGAUAUGGUAUUAUGAUCAUGCAAAGAAUAUUUUCAAGUUGUUAAUAGAAGGGCGUUACUCCACAGUUUGUAUCUUGAACACAUCUUUAGAGAUAUUCCGUAAUCAAGUAUGGCUAUUUAUUGCCACUACAGAUGGGCAAUUGAUUACAUAUAAUAUUACUGAUUAUAUUCCAUUUGCUGUUUCCAAAGAAGAAAAGAGUCGUUUAGUAGCUCAAUCUGUAAUGAAUGAGGAAAUAAUUGGCUUACCGUUACCAAUUGGAACAAUGGUCGUUCACCAAUCAGGAAUAAAGACAAUGAAUAUUUUCCAAGAUGACAAUAAUCUGAAAAUUUACACGGGAGGUGAUGAUAAUGCUAUUGGAAUAAUUGUAUUUAAAUACGAUCAAACGAAGGGAACGAUUGAAGGAAACAUAACUUCUUUUGAGAAAAAUGCAGGUUCAUCUACUAUAACAUCUUGUGUCGUUUUUAACCAUGGAAAGAACUUAUUAAGUACAUCAGUGGAUCAAAUUGUGAGGAUAUGGACGGUUGAGGAUGAUAUCUUACGGUUGUCUGAACAAAAAUAUACUACCUGUGCAGAUACAGGCGCUGCCGAUAUUGUUACUGAUAAGAAUGACUCCAAUAAGCUAUUGAUUGGUGGCGUUGGCUUAUCCAUUUGGGAAUCAUAA